CACCGCCUGCGAUGCCGGGCGCCCGCCGCAGCCGCUGCCGCCGGAGCCCGGGAUGGGGCGAGAGGCUGCGGCGGAAGCCAGCAUCUCCCCGCCGGGGGCCCCGGGGGCCGCGGAGCCGCCGCCGCCGCUGCUGCCGCCGCUGCUGAGACCUGGCGGGCGAUGGGAUGAAGAUGAGACGCUACAAGCUCUUUCUCAUGUUCUGCAUGGCCGGCCUGUGCCUCAUCUCCUUCCUGCACUUCUUUAAAACCCUGUCCUAUGUCACCUUCCCCAGGGAACUGGCCUCCCUCAGCCCUAACCUGGUGUCCAGCUUCUUCUGGAACAAUGCCCCGGUUACACCCCAGGCCAGCCCCGAGCCAGGUAGCCCAGACCUGCUGCGAACCCCUCUCUAUUCCCACUCGCCCCUGCUCCAGCCGCUGUCCCCGAGCAAGACCACGGAGGAACUCCACCGUAUGGACUUUGCGAUGCCCGAGGACACCGCGGAGUAUUUCGUGCGCACCAAAGCUGGGGGCGUCUGCUUCAAGCCAGGUACCAAGACGCUGGAGAAGCCCCCAUCCGGGCGGCCAGAGGAGAAGGCGGAGGCGGGCGACGGCUCGUCCGCGCGGGGCCCGGCCCGGCACCUGCUGAGCACGCGGGAGCGGCUGGGGGCCCGCAGCACGCGGCGCAAGUGGGUGGAGUGCGUGUGCCUCCCGGGCUGGCACGGGCCGAGCUGCGGUGUGCCCACAGUGGUGCAGUACUCCAACCUGCCCACCAAGGAGCGCCUGGUGCCCCGGGAGGUGCCGCGGCGGAUCAUCAACGCCAUCAACAUCAACCACGAGUUCGACCUGCUGGACGUGCGCUUCCACGAGCUGGGCGACGUGGUGGACGCCUUCGUGGUGUGCGAGUCCAACUUCACGGCCUACGGGGAGCCGCGGCCGCUCAAGUUCCGCGAAAUGCUGACCAACGGCACCUUCGAGUACAUCCGGCACAAGGUGCUCUACGUCUUCCUGGACCACUUCCCGCUGGGCGGGCGGCAGGACGGCUGGAUCGCCGACGACUACCUGCGCACCUUCCUGACGCAGGACGGCGUGUCGCGGCUGCGCAACCUGCGGCCCGACGACGUCUUCAUCAUCAACGACGCCGACGAGAUCCCCGCGCGCGACGGCGUGCUCUUCCUCAAGCUCUACGACGGCUGGACGGAGCCCUUCGCCUUCCACAUGCGCAAGUCGCUGUACGGCUUCUUCUGGAAGCAGCCGGGCACCCUGGAGGUGGUGUCAGGCUGCACGGUGGACAUGCUGCAGACGGUGUACGGGCUGGACGGCAUCCGCCUGCGCCGCCGCCAGUACUACACCAUGCCCAACUUCCGCCAGUAUGAGAACCGCACGGGCCACAUCCUGGUGCAGUGGUCGCUGGGCAGCCCCCUGCACUUCGCCGGCUGGCACUGCUCCUGGUGCUUCACACCCGAGGGCAUCUACUUCAAGCUCGUGUCUGCCCAGAACGGCGACUUCCCCCGCUGGGGUGACUACGAGGACAAGCGGGACCUCAAUUACAUCCGGAGCUUGAUCCGCACGGGGGGCUGGUUCGACGGCACGCAGCAGGAGUACCCGCCCGCGGACCCCAGCGAGCACAUGUAUGCCCCUAAAUACCUGCUCAAGAACUACGACCAGUUCCGCUACCUGCUGGACAACCCCUACCAGGAGCCCAAGAGCACAGCGGACGGUGGGAGGCGGAACAAGGGUCCCCAGGGAAGGCCGCCCGCCAGAGACAAAUUGGACGUGGUCGAAGGCUAAGCCUGCAUGAUCUCAUAGGGCCAGUGGCAGGGGUGGGUGCCGCUGCCCCUCCUGCUACCUUCCCGCCUCCUUCUGCCUUCUGGCUGGUUCUUAAGAGGACCAGGAGUGGAUGGGUGGGCACGUCUUUCCUGUUCAAGCCCUUGUGAAUCCAGGGUCAGGCUUUGAGCUCAGAAAACAUCCUUCCUCGUCAGGAGAGGAGAGCAGGACCUGCUGCCCGUCGAGAGCACUGUGGCCAGGAGGUGCCCGGAGAGCAUGCAUGGUGGUCACGGCCAGGGGGUGGUGCCGGGUGGGGAAGGGCGCCUGCGGGAACUCCCUCGGGCUGCCGGGUGGGAGCCGCAGUCCCCCCAGGGAGAAGCCCAUCCUUUGGCCUCCUGGGUCUUUGUACCCACAGUGGGAAAAGGGGGAUGCCAGGAGAUGCAGGGCUCUGUGAAUAGAUGCACUUGAGCCCAAGAGGAAGAAGGGACCGCAGGGUGGGAGGGGAUGAAAAAUGGCAUCCAGCUGGGAGGGAGCGCCGAUGGAUGCUUUGCAGGGUCCUGAGGAGAGCUGGGCGGGCGGUGGGAGAGCUCCACCACCUGCCCUCCAGGACACACUGUACGGUGGCCCUGUGCUCCCCAGCCCCUCCGGAUCUGACACAGGCGUGGGGCCUGGGGACACCUGGGAAGUCUUCCUUUUGGUUCCAGACCUGCCCUUGACAUUCCUUCCGUUUUAUACCUCCAUCUUGUGCCACCCACCACCCACCCCCCAGUCCUGGCAAGGCCAGGUGUCCAGCUCUCAGAAUGGGACGGGACCAUCAGCCAGCCUCGUAGGUCAGACCCGGGGGGAGGAGCCUCCCCCUCCCCAUCACCCCUUCCCACUGGAACCCACAGUGCCAGCUCUCCACCGUCACAGGUGGAGUCACCCAAGUGCCCCUCCUUGGGGCUGCCUCGGGGCCAGGAAGGAGCCACAAGCCUGCCCUCGGCCCAAGAGGGACAGUAAGGCCAGUCCUGUGUCACCUCAUUCCUUCGUUGCCUCAUGGGGGAGGGGGAUGUAUUUGCUAGAGUAGAUUCUAAACCGCUGUAAUUAAGAGACCCCAAAAUACAGUGGGUGAAGGAAGGCCGAAGCCUGUUUCUAACUCCCCCCCCCACCCCGGAGGGAGACGGCCUGGCUCUAGCAGGCAGCUCUGCUGUCUGCCCUUCAUCACACCUUCCAAUUCCGGACAGAGGGGUUGCUGCAGCGCCCACCGUCAUGUGUGCGUCCACGCCUGGGGGACUCAGAAUAGACAUGGGGAGGGCACACCCUUUCUGGUAAGAGCAUGAGCUAGAGGUGGCACAGUCACUUCUGAUGGCAUCUCACUGGCCAGGACUUAGUCAUAUGGCUGCUAGUAGCUGCAAGGGAAGCUGGGAAGAGUAGUUUUCGGCUGGGCUGCCCCGUUCAUUUCUUAAAGGAAGGAGGAGGGGAUGGGUGUGGGGACGAGGAGCAUGGCUGGCAGAGGGGGAGGACAGAGGGUAGAAUGAGUGCUUCCGCCACCUCACCGGCCACCCAGGGCCCGGGUGUGGUGAGAGCCUGCAGUUGUGGGCAGGAUGAACACCCCCUCCCCCAAGCCCCCUCAGGCAUUUACCCAGUAAUGCCAGGACGCAGAGCCUACCUGUGGAAUGGUGCCCGUUUGUGCGCGUGUGUGUGUAUUUAUGGGCAUGGGUGCAUGCUUGGUGUGUACUUGUACGUGUCUACGUCGGUGUGUCCCUGUACAUAGAUGCUUGUGUGUGGAGGUGAGAGCAGGGCCCAGGCCGCCCCUUUCCGGGGACCUGGAGCCCAUGGCCACACCUCCUGCAACUCCCCAAAAUGACUGAGGCUGACAGCCACUUGGGGAGCCUGGAAAGCAAGGCGAAAGGGGACAUGGGGGCCAUCUGUCUGUCUGUCUUUCAGUCCGCGGAAUGAGAAGCCGCCUGGCCUGAGGGCUGUGCAGCUGCAAGCCCGCUACCUCUCUCUCUGCCCCCUUCUCCAGGCUGGCCCGGGGGCCCUGGCCUCCGGUCCACUGGCUCAGGGGCAGGGGAAGGAAGAGGGGAGGAGCUUAGAGCCACCUGGCCCCACCUCCCCUCUCAGACCCUGGAGGGCCAGGCACGUUCAUGGUCACCGCCAAGUGGAGGCCUGGCCACGGAGCAGAGGGGACAGCUGGCAGAGGGGUGGGGGGCCAAGGCAUGGGGUUGAAGAAUUUCACUUUUACUCACAUCAUACACUGGGAAUUUCGGGGGCAGGGGAACCCUGGGCCACUCCCCCAGUAUUAAAGGGAAGCCAAACUGUGAAUGUGACCGCCAGCGCACUGCUGGCCCUGUCGCCAGAGCCAGCUUUCUUCCCCGGGGAAUCACUGGCCCGAUGGCCUCCAGCCUCAAGGAGGCCCGGCCCGCCCUCGGGUCACGCUGGUUCCCACGGGCAGGCGUGGGAGAGCUUUGGGGGCAAAGGUGACCGUCGGGGUGGGGAAACACAACUUGCCCGAGCAGCAGGCAGGGCCCUGGGAAACGUGUAAGUUAAGGACACCAGUAAUAACAAUAGUAUUAUUUUUUUUGUAAGGGAAAAAUCAAUAUGUACAUUCUGAAAUCAUUUUCUCUGUAAAUGGUUGGAUUUCAUUUCACCCUUAAAGGGAUGUUUAAAGGAAAAGAUAAUAUUAAUAAUAAAAGCAGCUACAAAGUC